GGCCGAUCUGCGUGUGUGUGAAGGGGCGAGAAGAAGCUGUGAGCUUCAGUGAUCACCUCACUGAGGUCUCUGCAGUGAGCGGAUGAUAGGUGGCUGAUAAACUUUGCCUCUAAUAUCCCUAAGGGACGAAUAAAUCCCUACUUUCAUCCUUUUUGUUUUGGGCUUCCUCCUUUAUAAACUUUCAGCUAAAACCUCUUUGAAUAGAUUUUUUUUUUCUGUAUCACCAUGGAUAUUGGUGGCUUGACCACAGUGGUGGCCAACUCUGCCUAUAUCUCUGCCCGUGGGAGCUUCGAUGGCACCGCCAAUCCAGCCGUCAACCGAGACAAGAAGUACCGCUCCCGCCUGAAGCUGCCUCACAUCACAGUUUGUGAAGGUCUGCGUGAAACCUUGGAUCUGGGCUUCAACACCGUCUGCGUGGAGCAGCCCAUCGGCAAACGGCUUUUCCAGGAGUUCUUGGACUCCAACAACGAGUACAAAGGCCCCUGCCGUCUUUGGAAGGAUAUCGAGGAAUACAACAUGGCUGAGGACGAGGACAGAGCCAGUAAAGCCGGCAAGAUCCUGUCUCGGUACAUGGAGCCUGAUGCCAAGUAUUACUGCCCCUUUCUGCCGGAGAAUGGCAUCACAAAGGUCAAGGAGAAACACCACGAAGCCGGCGACGAUCUUUUCAACGACACCAUGGACAGCGUCAUGGACUUCCUCAAAGAAGUGCCCUACACUUUCUUCCUGGAGAGCAUGUAUCUGAAGAGGUUCCUGCAGUGGAAGUGGCUGGAGAUGCAGCCGGUGGGAGAGGACUGGUUUUUGGAUUUCCGUGUUUUGGGUAAAGGUGGUUUUGGGGAAGUGUCCGCCUGUCAGAUGAAAGGCACAGGAAAACUGUACGCCUGCAAAAAGCUCAACAAGAAAAGGUUAAAGAAAAGAAAAGGUUAUGAGGGGGCGAUGGUGGAGAAACGGAUCCUCGCCCGAGUUCACAGCAGGUUCAUUGUCUCCUUGGCUUAUGCCUUCCAGACAAAGAUCGAGUUAUGUCUGGUCAUGACCAUCAUGAAUGGAGGAGACCUGAGGUAUCACAUCUACAAUGUGGAUGAGAACAACCCAGGUUUUGAUGAGCCGCGGGCCUGUUACUAUGCAGCACAGAUUAUCCAGGGCAUGGAGCACCUCCACCAGAAGAGGAUCAUCUAUAGAGACCUGAAGCCAGAGAAUGUGCUGCUGGACAAUGAGGGUAACGUGCGAAUCUCUGAUCUGGGUCUCGCCGUGGAGCUGGCAGACGAUCAGCUCAAAAUCAAGGGCUAUGCUGGAACUCCAGGUUUCAUGGCUCCCGAGCUUCUGAAAGGCGAAGAGUACGACUACUCUGUGGAUUAUUUCACUCUGGGAGUCACACUCUAUGAGUUCCUGGCUGCUAAGGGACCCUUCAGGAGUCGCGGAGAGAAGGUGGAGAACAAGGUGGUGAAGAAACGGAUUCUGAACGAUCCCGUAACCUAUCCGGAAAAGUUCAGCGAGAGCACCCGGUCCAUCUGCGAGGGUCUGCUCUGCAAGGAGGUCGAUAAGAGGUUCGGGUUCAAGGACAGCUCGUGUGACGAGCUGAGGGCUCACCCCUUCUUCCAGGACAUUAACUGGAGGAAACUGAACGCAGGAAUCCUACCUCCCCCUUUCGUGCCAGACUCCAAGACGGUGUACGCCAAGGACCUGGACAACGUCGGCGCCUUCUCCACGGUGAAAGGCGUGGCUCUGGAAGACGUAGACAAGGAAUUUUUCGAUGAGUUCGCCACGGGGAACAUCCCCAUCCCCUGGCAGGAGGAGAUGAUAGAGACCGGGAUCUACGGAGAGCUCAACGUGUGGGGUCCCGGCGGCACCCUGCCCAACGACCUGCGGCGUGAGUCCAUCCUGGAGCAGCCGCCCAAGUCCUCCACCUGCACACUGAGCUGAGAGUUCAACAUGAAACCUCUCUUCUCUAUAUGAGUGAUUGUACAGGGAUGGGCAAGAAGGCAGUGCGGGAGGAUUCAUGUCAUCAAUGAUUCUUUUUUUUUUUGUACUUCAAGAACUGUGCAAUGUAAAGAUAUUUAUAGGAUUAUUGUUCCAUAGUAAGAAAUUGCUCAACAGUUCACCAAGGUAUUCAAUUUUUUAUCAGGCUUCUUUAAAAACAUCUUUUUUUUUUUUUUUUUUUGCAAAAUAUACAGAUUUAUUUCCAACACUCAAUGUGUCUGUUCUAGUUAGGAGUAAAAAAUGUGAAGUUCUUCAGUCGCUAUGAGACUAAAUGAAAAGCAAAAGUCAAACAGCAGAGUGUUUAUUUUUCAUACCGAUGCUUACGGCUUGUACAGAUUUCUCCUACUUUUUAUCAUUCUGCUUCCCCGGUGUACCACAUUAGUUUAUAACAAGAUUUAAAGAUUGUUUUCUUCUACAAAGAUGUUAAGCAAAUAAAUACACUGUUUUGCAUUUAAUC